CACUUUACAGAAAGGUCAGAGCUACUUACAAAUUCUCUCUUUCUCUCUCUUGUUUUGAUUUCCGAGUCCAGUGAAGUUCGUGACAAGACAUGGUCUUCUUUCGGAGCGUUUCUGCACUUUCCAAGCUGCACUCACGUGUUGCCCAGAGGCCAAGUCUUGGGAGCACUGUGCGAUGGCUUCAAAUUCAGACGUCCUCUGAUACUGACCUUCAAGCUCAGCUAAGGGAAUUGAUUCCAGAGCAACAGGAGCGCCUCAAGAAACUUAAGUCAGAAUAUGGAAAGGUUCAACUGGGUAACAUUACUGUAGACAUGGUAAUUGGGGGGAUGAGAGGAAUGACUGGUUUACUAUGGGAAACUUCAUUACUUGAUGCGGAAGAGGGCAUUCGCUUCAGAGGUUUGUCAAUACCUGAGUGUCAGAAGGUAUUGCCAGCUGCAAAGCCUGGUGGAGAACCACUGCCUGAAGGGCUUCUUUGGCUACUCUUAACUGGAAAGGUGCCAUCUAAAGCACAAGUGGAUGCAUUAUCCAGUGAAUUAAGUAGCCGGGCUGCUGUUCCGGAUCACGUGUACAACACAAUUGAUGCUCUUCCAGUUUCAGCUCAUCCAAUGACUCAGUUUGCAACUGGUGUUAUGGCCCUCCAGGUUCAAAGUGAAUUCCAGAAGGCAUACGAAAAGGGUAUUCACAAAUCAAAGUAUUGGGAACCAACAUAUGAGGACUCCCUUAAUUUAAUUGCCCGAUUGCCAGUUGUAGCUGCUUAUGUUUAUCGUAGAAUCUACAAGGAUGGACAAGUUAUACCCAAAGACGAUUCCCUAGAUUAUGGUGCGAAUUUUGCUAAAAUGCUAGGAUUUGAUAAUUCCGAGAUGCAUGAACUUAUGAGGCUUUAUGUUACCAUCCACAGUGAUCAUGAAGGUGGAAAUGUUAGUGCCCAUACUGGUCACCUAGUUGCUAGUGCCCUUUCAGAUCCUUACCUUUCAUUUGCUGCUGCACUGAAUGGUUUGGCUGGACCACUUCAUGGGUUGGCGAAUCAGGAAGUCUUGCUCUGGAUCAAAUCUGUGGUAGAUGAGUGCGGGGAGAACAUUACCAAAGAUCAAUUGAAAGAUUAUGUCUGGAAGACACUGAAUAGUGGAAAGGUUGUUCCUGGAUUUGGACACGGAGUUCUGCGUAAUACAGACCCAAGAUAUUUAUGCCAGAGGGAGUUUGCGCAAAAACACUUACCCAAUGAUCCACUUUUCCAACUGGUUUCCAAGCUUUUUGAUGUGGUGCCCCCUAUUCUCACAGAGCUUGGCAAGGUAAAAAACCCUUGGCCAAAUGUUGAUGCCCACAGUGGUGUAUUGUUGAACUAUUACGGUUUAACUGAAGCGAGAUAUUACACUGUUCUUUUCGGUGUGUCGAGGUCCAUUGGCAUCUGUUCACAGCUAAUAUGGGACCGGGCUCUAGGGUUGGCUCUGGAGAGACCAAAGAGUGUUACAAUGGACUGGCUUGAGCAACACUGCAAGAAAUCAGCUUAACUAAUAUGACUUUGAGGAGGUUUGUGUCAAUAAUGGGUUGGUUUGCGUCUUGUCUCUUUGUGGGGCUCGUAUAGAGUUUCAUUGAAUAUUCAUUUCACCUUUGUGUAAUUUUAUGGUGAACUUUUUUGGUACCCCUUAAUUGCUCUUCUCCAGAUAUAUGUUAGUGUACCUGUUAAAAAUUGUUCAUCGAAGGGCUUUUGUUUAUGAGGACCAUUGGAGGUAUACAUAAUUACAUACCAUCUACAAUUCACAAUAAAUUAGUAAAAAGACAUUGACUAAA